UACAUGUUCUACCUGUGAUCCCUUUCGUGUUUACUUUAAUCUUUAAUCCAUCCAAGCCAUAUUAUAUGCCUUUUCUAUUCAUCAAAAAACCUGGUUAUUCGUUGGAUCUAGUUUCUUAGUUUGUUAUUGUGUCUUUUAUCUUUGUGUUUUUUUGUCUGACUGAUUUGUGAAUCAAAGUAAACUAUUUAUCCUUUUAUUUAAGCUGGUUUUUGUCCGAAUUCCAGUUCCACAGCUCCGUGACAAAUUGAGCACAGUGUCCAUGUUAUUUGUUUGGAGCCUGUUUCCAUAGUGUCGAGUGUUGUGCAUUGUUCAGUUAAGUUUAACUGUGCGUGCAUGUGUGCGGUGUGUUGUUGAAAUCACUCAGUCGAUAAAAAUGGUAAAAGGUGGAAAAAAAACUUCUUCAAUGAGCAAUGGUGGAAAAUGGUUUGCUCACACAGUUUUACCAGCGAGUAAAGGAGAAGAGAGGCGAGACCGCAGGACUUGUACAAGCACCGGGAUCAUGCUUUGUCAGGUUGAAUCCUCCUUGCCUCAGGCUUUGAGCUUUCAACGCCAUCCUAAAUGGAAAAGUCAACAGGAAUCCAGGGAGUAUCCACUCUCAGACCAUGACAACAAGCAUUCCUUGAAAGAUAACAUUGCUGUCUUCACUCAUGGUGUGGGACUGAGAAAGUGUCCCGACGAACACAAGCAGCAUAACUCUCACUUCAGCCUCUGCCCCGAUGGAGCUGACAGCGGCACGCUAGAGACUGGAGGGAACGUCUCAGCCUAUGGGACAGACUUCAAGGUGAAGCCGACGGCUGCUUUUUCAGCGGGCUACAGCCGGUUCACCCGCAACCACAAGCAGAAGGCUGCAGAGGCAGCUUCAGCACGGGCAGGGCAGCGCUUCCUGUGGUUUGGACGACAUGACCUGGAAGAGACCCCACAGAAGCAGUCGGCCAUCAGUUCCUCAGCAAUGUCUUUGUUCAGUCUGGUGCAGCCUGAGGCACUAGAUGGCGUCGCCGAGGAGGUCAGGUGA